GCCUGAGCGGAUGUGGCGGCGGGCGUUGCGCGCGGGGCCUCCGCGGCGGGCCCGAUCCCAGGCGGCCGGGCGCUGCUGCUGGAGCUGCGGGGCCCCGCUGAGGGGGGAGGGGGCGGCGGGCCCCGGCUUUUGCCCCUCGUGCCGCGCCUUGCAGCCGCCGGAGCCCCGCACGGACCUCUUCGGGGUGCUGGGCUGCCCGCGCGGCUUCUCCCUGGACUUGGCCCGGCUCCGGCAGCGCUUCCUGGCGCUGCAGCGCUCGCUGCACCCGGACCGCUUCAGCCGCCGAGCGCAGGCCGAGCGCGGCUUCUCGGAGCAGCACGCCGCCCUGGUCAACCUGGCUUACGGCACCCUCCGCAGCCCGCUCAGCCGCGGCCUCUACCUGCUGGAGCUGCGCGGAGUCGAGUUGGCGGCGGGCAGCGAUGCGGAGGCCGAGCCCGACUUCCUCGCCGAGGUCCUGGAGCUGAACGAGCAGCUGGCGGCCGCGGAUUCCGAAGCGAACCUGCCUGGGCUGGAGCGCCUUCUGGCAGCAAAGCAAGAAGCUCUGGUGCAGGAGGUGAGCAGGGCCUUCGAGCAAGAUGACCUUCACAAGGCCAAAAGACUCUUGUGCAAAAUGAAAUACUUUGCGAACCUAGAGGAGAAGGUGAAGGAAAAGAAAGCCCCUUCUUGAUCCCUCACCCUGUUUAGGGCAAUCUGUGAUGCAGUUUGGCUUGUCACUUCCUUGACACCAAGGAGCCAUUUGGAGACUGAGGGGGGCGGGCAGGUUCUCUGCUUGUGGGCCAGAAAGAGAAACGGCCUGUGAGGGAGACCACAAAUCAAAAUAAAGGCGCUCUGGGGAUCCAUUUCAGUUUGUGUGUAUGAAAGGGGCUUGGCCAAGAUGGCACCUACUUGCAUCUCUCUUGGUGGAAGCAGGCCGACCAUGCUUGGAGAGCCCUUACUGCUCUGCAGGAUGGUAGGCAUGAGGGCAGGGAAGGGGGCCUUUUUGUCCUACCCUUAGCCCUGCAGCCGGGAGUCUAGGGCAUGCUAGGGUGGAUUCACAGAGGUUGCCAGGACUAAAGGGGCAUGUGGCCACUUGCCCAAAACUGUUCAGGAAAGUUUCUCGUAGUCACAUGUGCCCUGAUUGCCAUUUGAGUGACCAAGCCCUGGAGCCACACCAGGGCUGAAGACUGGCUUUGCUCAAGGACUACCAACAAGAUGUGGGGUCCCCUCCUACUGGCAGUGGGGUUCUCACAACUCUGAUAAUUUUUCCAUGUUGUGCAUAUUUAUAAGCCUCUAUUUCCUUCACAUUUCCUAAUUAAAAUGCUGUGA